AAGCAACACAUCUUAAAAUUACACAUUUUAAAAUCAUAAUUCAAUGCACCAAAAUAUAUUAUAUUAUAUACAAAUAACUCGGAGGGGACACAAAUGAAAAAUACUUUCAAUUGAGUAAUGCUUUUUAUUUUUUGACCCGGAAACGAGAUUUCCGUCAGACUAUAGCAAAUAAACUCAGUUUCCCAGUGGGCUUUGGGUUGUACGCCUUGAAAUGACAGCUGACUAUCUCACAUGACGAACAGUUUUGCUCACUGAAAAAUAUUCAAAGACCAUUUUUACACUAGACGGGAGAAAAGUAUCGUAGCCUAGUACAUUAUUGUUGGAUUCUUUCUAGGAUUUGAGUCCAUAUGGUAUCUCCACAAGUCGUUAUUGGUUUGCUAACUAUGUAGCUUGCACAAACAAGGACUAUACAGUGCAGCACCCGACUCGGAAAUUGUUUUCUUCUCAAGUGGCAAACAGACAAAAGCAAGGAAAUACUUACUAUAGUGAUUAUUUGGUAGCAGAUCUACCUAGAUAUGUAUUGUCUUGACAAUAGCUAAUAUUCAUAGUAUAGUAGUAUAUCCUUUCUACAGAUUUGCCACCAAGGUUGUUUUGAUUCUGUUCUUCUUCAGAUGAGCUGUGGACCCCUUCAGAGGUUUUUUAACUAACCCAUUUCGUCAAGUAAUAUUACAGUGACACCCUGCAGCAAGCAUGGGUCCAGAGGGAAAGACACUCUUGAACAUCAUAAUCCUGGGUUUUGGAUUUAUGUUCAUGUUUACUGCUUUCCAAACAUGCGGCAAUAUAGAGCAAACUGUGAUCAAGAGUUUCAACAGUACUGAAUUCCAUGGGAGUGGAUACACAAGCAUGGCCAUCAUCUAUGGAGUUUUCUCUGCAUCCAACCUGAUUGCUCCCUCAGUAGUGGCUGUUAUAGGACCCCAGUUGUCCAUGUUCUUUAGUGGACUAGUAUACAGUGGAUACAUUGCAAUGUUCAUCCACCCCUACACUUGGAGCUUCUACACAGCGUCUGUAGUUGUUGGAAUAGCGGCUGCAAUAUUGUGGACAGCUCAGGGGAACCUACUCACCAUCAACUCUACAGAUGCCACCAUCGGCAGGAACAGUGGUAUUUUCUGGGCCUUGCUACAGUUCAGCUUAUUCUUUGGAAACAUGUAUAUUUAUUUUGCCUGGCAUGGCCAUGUUCACAUAUCAGACAAGGAUCGCCAGACGGUUUUCAUCUCUCUCACGGUCAUCAGCCUGGUGGGCAGCUUUCUGUUCUUCCUGAUCCAGAAGCCGGAGCCUGAGGCCACACCCUCCGAGGCGUCUGAGUCACUGCUGCAGACUGAGUCCACAGAGAGCGCCUCUAUCGUCGUAGCGACUCCAGGUCUCGGUUCCCAGGCUCUGGAUGCUUUCAAGAAAGCGUUGCAGUUGUCUGUCACUAAAGAGAUGCUACUGCUGAGUAUCUCCAUAGCAUACACAGGCCUAGAGUUGACAUUUUACAGUGGGGUAUACGGGACAUGUAUAGGAGCCAUGACUCAAUUUGGGGACGAUGCUAAGAGUCUGAUCGGGCUCUCUGGUAUUUUCAUUGGCCUGGGAGAGAUCCUGGGAGGGGGCGUGUUUGGGAUGCUGAACAAGUGCAACCGGUUUGGGAGGAACCCUGUUGUGCUGCUGGGGCUGAUCACUCACUUCGUGGCCUUUUACCUGAUCUUCUUGAACAUCGCCAGUGAUGCCCCUAUUGCCCCAGAAGAGGGCACACACCUACAGGCAUACAUCACCCCCAGUGUUGAGGUGGCUCUGCUGUGCAGCUUCCUGCUGGGCCUGGGGGACAGCUGCUUCAACACCCAACUGCUGAGCAUUGUGGGAUUCAUGUUCCGGGAGGACAGCGCUCCUGCCUUUGCCGUUUUCAAGUUUGUCCAGUCCAUCACUGCAGCCCUGGCCUUCUUCUACAGUAACUAUCUCCUGCUGCACUGGCAGCUGCUCAUCAUGGUUGUGGUGGGCUUCCUGGGCACGCUAUCCUUCUUCGUGGCUGAGUGGGUGGUGGUCUCCAGCCGACGGGACACUGACUAUGACAGCAUAUGACAACCUAUGGGAGGAGGGGGUCACGGUGAGAGGAGCUAUUCACAGCUGGACGGGUCAUCCGGGGAAGAGUCGGUGUAACAGCUUCCUAUCAACGUAGCUAUCCUUUGGAAUCCUUCAACUGACAAUUUGACUGGCCCACCUCAGCCCCAAUAAGCAGAGACUGUAGUAACGCUGUUUUAGCACAGUCAUUCACAGCUCUUUUGAUUGUUGCCUUUCAAGUGGAAGAUACACUUAAAUACUGUAUAUUUUACUUUACUUGGAGUGAAUCAGUUGUGCACAGAGGAGCUUUUAUUUUCAUGUUCAAUAUCAUUCACUGUGCUUCUGUCUUCAUGUAGAAGUUCAGCUGGUUGGUUUCAAUAUGCAGUAGUCAUUGACUAAGGCUUGGCUAGACUGCUAUUCCUACCAAGGUUUCCAGUCUCAACAUGAAUCUUAUUAUACUACUUAAAUUUGAUUGAAGAAGAAAACGUAGUACAGUCGAUUCUUAAUAAGCGCACAUUGGAAAUGUACAAACUCUGUUUACAUGCAGUACAGUUUAUCAGUUCAAAUUAAAAUACACUUUUCACUUCUGCAUGCUCAGGUUUAGUAUACACAUUUAGAACACUCCCAAGCCAUUGCAUUUAUCAGGACUCCACUGCAACUAGAUUUCUUGUAAGAUGGCAUUUGUCGCAAAGGGAGAAAUUACCAAGACAAGAUAUAGACUAGCUUAUUGCAAUUUAAAUUAUUUUUGUUAUAGUGAUAUCUGUAUGAAAUUGUUGAACAAUGCUCUAAAUGUUAUUUCUUUGUCAAUAUUUGCAGCACACUUUCAGAGUAUCUGUAGUAUUCCAUAGGUUUUGUCAAAAGUGGGAUCCAAAAGGCCAUAGAUAGUGUAUUGAGGAUGAUGGCAUGGCUGUUGGAUGAAUGGUGAAUUACAAAAUGUAGACCAGAAUUUUUGUGUCUAAACUGCUCUAGGUUAUAUUGCUCUGUUAAAAUGUCACAUUGAAGAACUCUUGAGCGUAUGAGUUUAUAAGGCUAUGGUUUUAUUUAGAACUCACAUUGAAACAAUGGCCUUUGCACUCUGCAAACAUCAAGCAUUUAUUUUUUGUUCUACAUUUUCAUCAUGCAAUUUCGAUUGAGGUCACAAACUGUUUACAGUGUUUGUGCUCCUCCUUGCCAAAAAUGUGAAGUUGAAUUCAUGAAUCAUUUCAUUCAUUGUGUGGAUUGCUUAAUGUAGAGUUCAGUUCUGUGGCACAUGAAAACUGAGUUUGAAGAUUGUUCAGAGCUAUUGGAUGUGAGGCAAUCAAUAGGAUUUUGAGGGAAUAAACUAUGUGUUUUGGAUUAUGAACUAGAUUUUAUACUUGAAUGUAGUUACUUAGAAAGGCACCAGGAUAUGCACGCUUGUUUUUUAAACAUUAUUAUAAAAUUGUUAUUUUGAGCCUU